CUGGCCUUCACGCACCAGCUGCCCGGUCCAGACCGCAAGUCGCCGACUCUGACGCUGCGCUGAAUUCUGGAUCUCUAUUUCGUCCGGUUAUACCGAUAUACCUCAAUGCGGUGUUCGGAAAACCAGGUCUGUUUAGUUACGGGGGCCACUCGUGGAAUCGGCAAAGGUAUCGCUGUUGGAUUAGGUGAACCAGGAACCAUAGUUUACAUAACGGGCCGUACUUUAAAACAGAAAAAUGGAGUCGGGGGAUCUUUGGAGGAAACGGCAGCUGAGAUUGAAUCCAAAGGCGGAAAGGCAAUCCCUGUCGUUGUUGAUCAUAGUGAUGAAAACCAAAUCACAGAGUUGUUCAACCGUAUCCGACGGGAACAGGCUGGUCGCUUAGAUGUGCUGGUCAAUAAUGUCUACUCAGCUAUACCAUUUUUGAAAGAGUCCUUUGGUAAGACCUACUACGACAUCGAUUCGCGUAGCCCUGGGGAGGCCUGGGAUGAGGUGAAUAACGUGGGUCUUCGAAACCACUACAUCUGUGCAACACUGGCCACGAGAAUGAUGAUAGAAUACCAAAAACGAGAGCUAACUGGGCGCCCCUGUUUAAUUGUCAACGUUUCAUCCUUUGGUGGAAGCUGCUAUUUGUUCAAUCCGCUUUAUGGAUGUGGCAAAGAAGCCCUCGAUAGGCUUACUCGUGAUAUGGACAUUGAGUUAAAACGUAACAAGGUGAACAUAUGCAUUAUCAGUCUGUGGCCCGGAGUAGUCCGUACGGAAGAAUUAACGCAGAUGGCGUCGGACAUAAAUGAUCCGUUUUUUGAUGCUUAUGGUAACUCUUCUUUGUCUGAAUCGACAGAACUGGUUGGACUGGCCGUCGCUGCACUGACCCGCGAAGACCGUUCAACUCUGAUGGCUCGUUCUGGAGGCAUCGUACUGGUGAGUGAUGUGGUCGCUAAGCAUGGCCUCCGGGAGCCCGACGGAUCAGUCCCUACAAACUACCGAUCGCUGCAAGUAUUGCUACGUCUGUCUAAGUAUCGUCUGGCUGGAUUGGUGCCUGGUUUCAUUCUAGUACCAAAGUCGUUGUUUGCAUGGUUUAUCGCCAAGCGUUAAAGUCACUAUUUUCUUCACAUAGAGAUCAUAUUUUCUAACAAUGCCGACUAUCUUAUGAUGUAAUUUGCUGCUUUAUUACUUAUUUUUAUUUUCACUUUCAACAUCCAUGUUGUAUGCUCUUAUUCGGGAAUAAACAUGCACAUCCACACUUGACGUUCGAUUCUCAUCAUUCCAAUUUUUA